AUGACUGAAGUUAAAUCAACAAAUCUUAAGUCUGAACGCAAAAGCAGCAGCUCUUCUACUUCACCAUAUUCCCUACCUUAUAUGAUUUAUAGGUAUAAAGAAGAAUUAAGAAAACCUGAUGAUAAACCGUUUAUGAGAUUGUCCAAAGUGAAAGUAUUACUCACCGACAACAUGAUCACCAAUACCAUACGCAAUAUCGGCCAAUACGAUGUCAUGGAAAUAAUGAACCUCAAUGAGCAAUUGCAGUUUAAGAAGCGCCUGCAAACAAAAAUGCACAAGAUACGUAAACUGGAAAAAAUGGGAGUCAAGGAUAUUGAUCCAAAUAAUAUAAGUGAUGAGAUGUAA